AUGCCUUCCAUCAUGAAGACCAUCGGUGUUGUGGCCGCACUGGCGGCCGUUACGUGUGCUGCGCCGGCUCAGCCAAGAUUCACCAAGAGACAAGAAGAAAUCUACAGCCUCGCAAGACGACAGACCGCCGCCGAACAGGCACUUGGGCUCACAGACGUUGACGUGCUUCAAUUUGCCCUUACCCUAGAAUGGCUCGAGGCAACCUUCUACCAGCAGGGAUUCGCCAUGUUCCCCGAUGACCAGUUUACCGCUCUCGGCCUGAACGCGCAACAGGUCACAGAUCUGAAGUCGGUCGGCCAGACUGAACAGGCGCAUGUCCAGUUCCUCCAGAGCGCCAUUGCACAAGCUGGCGUCCAGCCCGUCCAGCCCUGCCAGUACAACUUCGGCUUCACGGAUGCCAAGGGCAUGGUUGGCACCGCCGCCGUGCUCGAGAACGUUGGUGUCUCGGCCUAUCUGGGUGCUGCCCCCAUCCUGUCCGAUGCCAAGAUCCUGGCCGCCGCUGGAUCCAUCCUGACCAUCGAGUCUCGCCACCAGUCCUUCAUCCGCGUCGCUUCCGGAGUCGCGGCUGUCCCCUCGCCCUUCGACACCCCGCUGGGCCCCAAGGCUGUCUUCUCCCUGGCCGCUCCGUUCAUCACCUCGUGCCCAGCCGGGUCCAACUUGGCCCUGACGGCUUUCCCCACCUUGACCAUGAGCUCGCCUGCCGCCGGAUCACCUGAAGCCGCCGCCCUUACUGCUGGCACCAACCUGGUACUCGCCAGCGACGCCGCCGCCGGGGCCACCUUCUGUGGUUUCACCAACGCUGGCCAGGUCGGCGGCACCGCAUUCACCCCCUUCACCGCCGCCGGUGGAUGUGCUGUUCCCCAGAACCUCGCCGGUAUCACCUACCUGACCCUCACAAGCGCCGGUCCCGCCGAUGGUGUCAUCACCGACGCAAUCACUCUCGCCGGUCCCAUGGUCCUCCAGAUCUCUUGA